AUGGUGCUGCAUUUCUUUUGGAACCUGUGGGAGAUCCUCGUCCGCCUCGACCCCAAAUCCCUCCUCGGCUUCCGCGCCGUCCGCCGCGCCUGGCGCUGCGCCAUCUCCACCCGCCGCUUCCUCCUCGCCCACCACGCCCGCCAGCCAAUCCUCCCUUUCGUCUGCAGAGACAGAUCCCAUAGCAUCCUCGCCUUCGACCACCGGGCCGCCGCCGAUGACCAGCUCCACACCAUCGCCCGGCUUGCCGAGCCCUUCCUUCUCGAGGCCUCCUGCGACGGCCUCCUCGUCCUCUCCAGGUGUGCCCGCUGCUUCUCCGUCUACAACCCGGCCACGCGUGAGCAUGCCUCCCUCAGGUGUCCAGCAACAGACUUCAACAUCGUGGGGAUGUAUCCACAUGCACCUACCGCCGAGUACAGGCUGCUACUGCGAUGUUGCGACCUGGACAUGCCUAAGGACGAAUUUGGCUGCUAUGUCCUUCCGUUGGGCUCCGACCAGCCACCGUGGUACAUCGGGUGUCCGGAGAGAGAAGUGAUCUCAGCGCUCUUCAAUGUACCUGUCUGGGCGCGUCAUAGUCUGCAUUGGUACCCACUGCCUUAUCUGAAAUAUGAGACUGAAAGCGCCCAGCUCGAGGAUCAGGCUGAACAGCAACUGGUAAUAGUUUUCGACACCAUAGCUGAGUCGUUUCGACAGAUGCGUGCUCCACUUGCUUCCACCUACUCAUCUAUCUUUGAGGUGGAUGGCAUGCUUGGCAUCUAUAGCUCUAACAGGGCAAAUGAAAUUGUUGAUAUAUGGGUGCUGCAGAACUAUGAAAGUGAGAUUUGGGACUUAAAGUACCGGGUUGAAUUGCCGCUAACACAAAUCAGGAGGAAGCUUGAAGCCCGUGAUGGUGAUGGCAAUUGGUAUGUGAUCGUUGCUUCGGGUGAUGGUGAUGUGCUCUUGCUAGUCAGGUUUGCUCAUUGGCUGUUUUACGUUGACACUGAUGGCAAACUGGUUGCUAGCUUCCAAGACAUCAAUUUCUAUAAAUAUGGGCUCAAACAGACUCUUGUUCCUCAUGAUUUCUUCACGACACGAGAAGGUUUUGCUGCGGACGCUUCACCAUUCAUCUGA